AUGGGCCUGGUGCGCCGCGCGGACAACCCCGACCCCAGCGUAGUGCGGCUCUGGGUGGCCCCCGGGAGUGGCACCAUCCUCUGCGCGGACGAGCGCUUCGCCGACAUCUUUGGUCUGGGCACCUCGGAGGUCGCGGGGCGGGCGUUCUCCAGCCUGGGGCCAGACGCGGAGGAGCUGGACAGGCUGAUCGAGCGUGCCAGCGGCGUGCCUGUUGAGGAGCGCUCGGAGGCUUCACUGAGCCUGGAGACCAAGCUGCUGCACAAGUUCCUUCCCCCCGUGGACGUAUCUUUGAGUGUGCAGUAUGCCGGGUCGGCAACGGAGGUCAUCCUGGUUCUCAAUGUACACAUACAAGCGUCUUCCCUCGCUGGUGCCAUGAUGGUGGUGGAUCACAAGUCGCGUGUGGUGUACGCCACCACCCAGCUGGGUUCCAUGCUGGGCUUCAGCGCGCGCCAGGUCGCGUCCAUGGACCUGGCGUCCCUGAUACCGCCACCCUACAGCCAGAUGCACGCGGGCUUCAUGAAGGAGCUGGCCACCAAGCCCCCCGCCACCAGCUGCCGCGCCGGCGCCGUGGUGCACCUGCUGCGCUCCAACGGCGUCAAGGUGCCGGUCACCCUGCAUCUCUCCACUCACGAUGACGGGGAGCGGCUGCAGCACGUGGUGCGGGUGACGCCCUCCUCGGACGCCGCCGCCAUGGACAGGGCGCGGCUGGUGCUGGGGGUGGACGGGUCCGGGAUCAUUACCCGCGUCAACCCGGGGCCCAGCAGGGCGCUCUUUGGCUGCAGCCCGCAGGACAUGGUGGGCCGCCCCGUGCGUGCCUAUGUCAACGUGUUUGGGGAGUGGGCUCGAAUGCACGGGGAGGACGCGUCACUGCUGACGGCCCUGGGGCUCAGGGCGCUGGAGGGCGCGGACGAGGCGUGGCGCGUGGGGGUGCUGGCGCAGGGGGACAGGGACAGCAAGGAGGGAGAUGUCGGCGCGAGGGGCUCAUCACUGACGGCGGCCCUCCAGCAGCGCAACCGCGUGCGGCCCGCCCUGCUGCAGGCACGGGUGGUCAUGGCAGACCCCGAAGACGAAGCCUGCGCGCACAGCGGCAGCGAUGGCGUCCCUGCCUCUGGUGCUGCGGGCCCUGCGGUAGCAGCCUUGGCUGGUGAUGAGGAAGAGGCGUCUCUGCAGCUGGUGCUGUGGCGCGCGGACGCUUUGGCGGCGGUGGUGGAGCUGGACAAAGCGCUGACCAUUGUGAAGGCGGAUGCCGCCGCUGGGCUGCUGUUUGGCAUCAGCAGCAAGAUGAUGGUCAAGAAGGACUUCAAGAGGUGA